AUUAGAUCCAAAAGGAACGUUUCACAUAAUCUUGAAGUGGAAAGAAUGUGGAGCCACUCAGAGAUCAGACUGAGACCAAGGAAGCAUACUUUCUCAAGCAGAGGAUCCUGGUAUUCUGCCAAGUAAGCAGCAAACCUGAGGAAGUGACCAUCAUGAUCCAUUUCUCAUUCUUAGGAGAUCUCAGUGAAAGUCAUUUAACCUCCUACUCCACAAGGGGUCAUGACCCACAGGUUAAGAACUGCAUACAGUCCUAAGGACAGCAUGUGCUUGAAGACAUCUUCUGACUAGACCUCUACGUUUACUGCACGUGGAAAUCACCAAAAGAGCUCUCUCUAGUCAAUACAUUGAGCAAUUGAAUAGACACAUCAUUCCAGCUUCUGCUGAGUUUGUGCCUGCAUAGAUAUUAGACAAGAAAAACAUCAUGCAAACUCAAACUUGUGUUGGACCCUCAAUGUUGUGUUGAAAACGCCUGAAUGUCCACCUGCCCUCAUUAAUCUAUUAAUUUCAUGUAACCAGAGUGCUGUCCUUUGUAUCUGUGGGAAUCAGAAGUGUAUCUGCCCCAUCCACUGCCCUGUGUUCAGGAGCUCUAGUGUUGGAGUUUGGAUGGCAGCAACUAUCAUUCCUCUAAUAUAUGCUCAGUCUUCUCUGUACCCACUGUCUCCUGAGGAAGGACAGAUGGGGAAAAAAGGGCUAGCUACUGAGUUCUUGACAAGUUUGUUAGAGGAAUUGGUGUCCUUCGAAGAUGUGACUGUACAGUUCACACAGGAGGAGUGGGCUCUGUUGGAUCCUUUACAAAGAACUCUGUACAGGAACGUAACGCUGGAAAACUGGAAGAACCUGGCCUCACUUGGGCAGCACCUUGAUAAACCAAAUCUGAUAUCCCAGUUGGAAGAAGAAGACAAAGUUAUAAGAGAGGACAGAGGAAUUAUUCCAGGCAUCCAUCCAGAUUUGGAGAAGGUACUUAAAGCCAAAUGGCUAACUCCUAAGAAUCUUAUUUUUAGUAAAGAACAUGAUAACGGUGGAAAAACAGUACAACUGGAGGAAAGAGGUCAUCAUGGAAUGAAAGUCAAUGAGUGCAAUCAAUGUUUUAAAGUCUUCAGCACAAAAUCUAACCUUACUCAGCACAAGAGAAUUCAUACUGGAGAAAAACCAUAUGACUGUACCCAGUGUGGAAAAUCCUUCCGCAGCAAAUCUUAUCUUACUGUUCACAGAAGAAUCCAUAAUGGGGAAAAACCUUUUGAAUGCAAUCACUGUGGGAAAGCAUUUAGCGAUCCCUCAUCCCUCAGACUUCAUGUAAGAAUUCACACUGGGGAAAAACCCUAUGAAUGCAGCCAGUGUUUUCAUGUCUUUCGUACCAGUUGUAACCUCAAAAGCCACAAAAGAAUUCACACAGGGGGUGAAAAUCAACAUGAAUGUUCUCAGUGUGGAAAAGCCUUCAGUACAAGGUCCUCGCUCACUGGACAUAAUAGCAUUCAUACUGGAGAAAAACCAUUUGAGUGCCAGGAGUGUGGGAAAACCUUCAGGAAGAGCUCAUAUCUAACCCAGCAUUUAAGAACUCACACUGGAGAGAAGCCCUAUGAAUGUAAUGAGUGUGGAAAAUCUUUCAGCAGUAGUUUUUCUCUAACUGUACACAAGAGAAUACAUACUGGAGAAAAACCAUAUGAAUGCAGUCACUGUGGAAAAGCUUUUAAUAAUCUCUCAGCUGUGAAAAAGCACUUAAUGACUCAUACUGGACAAAAGCCCUAUGGAUGUAACCACUGUGGAAAAUCUUUUACCAGUAACUCCUACCUGUCUGUGCACAAAAGAGUACAUAAUAGGUGGAUAUGAAUUGUGGUGAAAAAUUACUAAGGAAAUUUCUGUGCAAAACCUUUGUUGAUCCUAAGAUAAUUUGAGAGAAUUUGCACCAGGUGUAUACAUUAUCUAUUGCUCUAUAUAUCCUCCGCCCUACCCCACCCCCAAAUUUGUGGUUUCAGACAAAUACCUCACAUUUUGUAGGUCAGGAAUAUGAAGGCACCUUAGUACUGUAGUUUUUUUCUAAGAACUUCUCAUGAGCUUGCAUUCAAGACUUCAAGCAGAGCUGCAGUUUUCUAAAUGUGUUAUUGAAGGAACCAUUACUAGGAUGUCUCACACACAGGCCUAGUGAUUUUCCACUGGUUAUUGACAGGAAACUGUCAGUGCUUCACCAUGUAGGCCUCUCUGUGUGAUUAUAUAUCUCUAUAAUAUGGCAAAAGAACAACUCACUACCCCCAAGUUCCAAGAGAGCCAGUUAAAAAUGAGGUAUCAUUUAUGACCUUGGCUCCAGAAGGUUGACUUUCACUUCUUCCCUGUUAUACUCUCAAUCACAGACCAACCUUGAUACUGUGUGAGAGAAAACUACAGAAUACCUGAGGGCCAGGAGGUAGCUUUCUGAGACGCGUUUGAGAAACUUGCCAUGAAAUUAGUGAAGAGAAAUCAGCAAUAGAUCGUCAUUCUUUUGAUAAGUAUGAAAUGCCAUUCAGUUAAUUGUUAAAUAUGUAUGCAAAUAUGUCUAUGUGAUAGGAGUUUUUUAGUUCAUGUUGUAUAUGCCCCAAAGAUAUGUUGGGGAGAUCUUGUGGGUAGAAUAAUGAGCGUGUGGCAAUGGCCUCUAGUGAUCCCAAUCUUUUCAGUCUUUCUGGUGGGCAACAACUGAAAAAUACAAGAAAUUCAGAAAACUGUACAGCAAAGUGUUCACAUUACUGACCACAAGUAGUGAAGUGCUCUGCAGUGAUCAUGGGAAAUGUUUGACUGUUUCCGGUCUUGAAGAGGAAUGAUAAUGGUUUCUGAAAAAACUCCUUAAACUCAAAGCUAUUGGCAAGCCUUUGAGGUGUCCUCUAAUGAAGGAAAAACUUUGCAGUGAUUCCUUCUAAGCAUAUAAAUUAGAGGCAUACCUUAGGAAAGUGAAGGAAUGCAUGCCAGAGUGCUUUAGCUUCAGCUCUCUAUUGAGAAAUUGUGUAAUUUAUACUGAAAAUGAAAUGGAUGAGUGUGGGGUUUCUCUCAGUAGGUAGUAUCUUCAGGCUCGAUUACCAGAUUAUUGAUUUACAGUUUUGUUCUAUAACCAUGUAUGUUUAUAUGUAUGUCUUCACUGCACCCCCUGCCCACAAACAAGCCCUUAACAUUUCCAAAUCCUCAGUGCAGCGUUCUUGUAGCUUAUCUUCCAAAGAGCUGGGGGUACUAGCACACAAUACUACUUGUAGUACUUAGAGCUGGGGGUAAUAGCACACAAUACUACUUGUAGUACUUAGAGCUGGGGGUACUAGCACACAAUACUACUUGUAGUACUUAGAGCUGGGGGUACUAGCACACAAUACUAAUUGUAGUACUUAGAGCUGGGGAUACUAGCACACAAUACUACUUGUAGUACUUAGGAGACUGGCAAUAUGGAUUUUGAAUUUGAUGCCAGCCUGACAAGCUGACAUAGUAUUUUUGUCAGAGUAUGGUACUUUUUGAUGUUAAUCCUUUUUAUUCUUUCUGUCCUGCGAGUACCUGGUCUCCUUUUUGUCCUACUUAGAGCCAACAAGAUGGCUCAGUGGGUGAAGUUGCUUGCCAUAAAACCUGAUCACCUCCGUUUGGUUCCCCAUAACCCAGACAGUGAAAAGAGAGAAUGGACUUCCAGAUGUUAUCCUCUGACACCAGCGUGCAUGUCAGCCCAACAACCAAGUAAAUACGUUUUUAAAUAUGUAAGCAGUACUAAAAUAAUACAUCAGGAUUUCUUGAAGUCUAAACACUGUUGCCAUGAAAUUUGGAGGCUGGAGGGAAAGCCUGACUUCUUACUCAUUUUCUCCUCUUCUCACACUUUCUGUUGGUAACUAGCUGUAAGAUCUGAAAUAAGAACUAGUUUGGUUUGGUUUGGUUUGGUUUGGUUUGGUUUGGUUUGGUAUGGUUUGGCUUGGCUUUUCAAGAUGGGGUUUCUUUGUAUAGCCCUGGCUAUCCUGGAACUCACUCUGCAGACCAGGCUGACCUCAAACUCAGAAAUCCGCCUGCCUCUGCCUCCCAAGUGCUGAGAUUAAAGACAUGCGCUACCACUGCCCGGCUAGAACUGUUUUAUUUUGUCUUGAUCAUGAUGACAUAAACAGGGGAACAGUAACAAUGAUUUAGUUUCCUCUAAAACCUAUGAACAACAUGAUUUGUUGCUUUUGAGCUGACAUUCAGUUCAUAUAUAUAAAUGUUAUAUCUAACUGGUAAACCUGUGUGUCAAAUAAUAUCCAUAGUUCUUUGAAAGUAGUAUAUAUUCUCUUACGUGUUUAUAUGUGGUGUAUGCAUGUUAAUGUAGGCUAUUUUAAUGGCAUGUACAAAUCAUUUUCUUUCAGAGGAUCUGGUGGUAGAGUCAUAGUAGCUGUCUACUGGGAUUAUGGAUUACCAUUCUUCUGAUUUUUGCCAUUUUUAAAUUUUAUUUUGAAGUUCUAUAGCAAGGUGCAUGCAAGAUUAGAUGAUUUUUGUGUGGUGUUCCUUAUUUUAUAGGAACCACAUUUUUUCAUAAUAAAGUACUAUAAUGCAUUGAUAAUAAAUGGUCAAACAUUAUGUAGUUCUCUUCAUGGACAAGCAGUAAUACCAUAUAGGUAACUAUUGAGUACUCUGGACUAGCAUCCCUGUGUUGGGAUAUUAUUACAAGUUUACCAAUGAAGAAGUUCAUAUACUACACAUUAGUCACUUGCCUAAGUUCUCUGACUAAUAAUAGUAAAGUCCAGAUUUGCACAUAAAACAGUCACUUAUCUUAAUACUACCUCAUCUAUUGAGUACUUUCUGGGAAGUGUUGGGUAGGUAUUUGCUGACUUGAAAUAUUCUAUCUUUUGGGAAACAAUAAUGCAAUAAAUAACAUUGGAAGAGGAAGCCAACUAAACAGGAAACUCAUCGAACCUUCAGGAUUCAAAAUUUUCAAGAGCCAUCCCCCAGAUUAUGAUUGCUGCUAAAGAGGAAGUUUGUAUGUGGAACUGCCAAUAGAUUGAGAAAGGAGCCCCAAGGAUGCAGCUAUUUUCUUGUCUCCCAAAUGGGGGUAGGGUGUUUGGUGUUUUAGCUGCCUCUGAGUCAUCUAUACUUGUCUAAGUAACCUUCAGUUAUUCAUUAUUUUGACAAGCCAGGCUUGCUGGAAUUAUUUCCUUGAUCUGGCUCUGGUACUCUAUCAGGGAUAUAGACAUUUGUUUACAUCUGCAUUGAAAGUCACAUACCACAAACAGGGCAACAAUACAGGGACAGACACAACUAAAGAUGCCUUUGGUAUGAGAAAUAGCCACAUGAUCUUUGUGGGAUUUAAGAUGUACACCUGAAGCUGAUCCUUGUGGUGGGUGAGGUCUCAUUUUAGCCAGUCUAGAUAAGGGCUUCCCAUGUGGUAGGUGAUAGUGUACCUUCCUGCUUUAAUAGUAGUUUCAUGGUGCCUGAUAUGUAUAAUAAGACAAGCAAACAAGGCCAAGCCAUCUGAAAGUGGAACAUUUUGGGACAGAAUUCCAGAGUGACUGAGUUUAAUUUCUAUUGCUGUUAUAAAACACUGACCAAAAGCCACUUAAGGGAGGACAGAAUUACUUUAUCUUACACAUCCAAGUCCCAGCCUAUUAUUGAGAGAAGUUAGAGUAAGAACUCUAGGGAGAUACCAUAUACGAAUGCUUUUUUUUUGUUCACUCUUUCAUUCAAUCAUAGGCCAUGUUCAACUACCUCAUGUAACUAUGGGCCACCUGCCUAUGCACCAAAAGCAAUAGGCUAGGCUCUCUUCCACCAAUUACACACUUCCCUAGAGGCCAAGUUGAUUUAGGAAAUUCCCCAAUUGAGGAUCUCUUGUCUGAUGACUGUUGAGUUGGUAAAGUUGACAGUGAAAGCUAAUUAGGACAGUUUUUUUUUUCUUCAUGUGGUGGGGAGGCACACCUUAGUGAAAUACACUACAACAGUAUGUGUGUAUUAGUAAAAAUGCCAAUGGAUUAAAGAACAUGCAUUUGCCAAGAAUAGCACUUUAGGACCAGACUAUAAGCAGCUUAUAUCUGUUGUAUGCCUUGUGUAUGGGUGAUGAGAUACAACAGGCUCCACUGCCUGCCUAUAAUGAACAUGCCCAUGUAAUAGGAGAAUUACAAGGAGAAAAACAUGAUACUGUCCUUCCUAUUAUCAGUACUCUUACUUAGCUGGAAAUUGUUGAAACAAAAUUGCGGAUGAAAUACAGGGGUGGCUUGCUAUUAUAACUUAUAAGGUGCAUGGGGAAGAAGACUUCUAAUUAUACCUGUAUGAAGAGGCCCUCCUGGGAUCACAAAAGUUGGUAUCCAUGAGAAAAAUUGAACAGUAAUGAAAAGACAAUAUAGAAAUGAUAGAAGAUAUCCUUCAGGUCUGACUUUUAAUACAGAAGAAGCAUGUAUUAACAUUCAGAAGGGUGCAUUCAUUGUCUUCUACACACACACACACACACACACACACACACACACACACACACACAAACCUGCAUGUGAACUGUUUAAAUUAGAGAAGACUUUUAAACAAGAAAUGAAAGAGUAUUGUCAAAGCCUGGCUUGUGAGGCUGUGGUACAGAUGAGAUCAUUAAUCUAGGUGGGAAAGUGGAGAAGCUGUGGUAACAUGACUACUUAUAAUCUGAUAUAUAUAUAUAAUAUAUCUGAUAUAUAUAAUAUAUCUGAUAUAUAUAUAAAAUAAAUCAUUCCCACACGUGAUGAUUCAAUACUCACUGGGGGUGAGGGGAGUGCUUGGGCUUUCACUAAAGUCCUGAUGAAUAUCAGGGAUCAGGAAAUAAUGGAUAAAGAACAGAACAGGUUCAUCUUGCAGUACAUCUUCAUAGAUCUGCAGACAUCUGCUCCAAAGGUGUGGACUGAUACCCAGUUAUUGUUAUAUAUGUUUAAUAAUAACAGAAAAAGCAGGAAUCUUUCCUAAAAUUAAUUCUUUUACAGCCUUGCCUAAUAAGAGAAUCUUUUGCAGAUUAUAUAAUAAUCUGAAGCUGACCAUCUCAGGAAGGUCACCUGCUCGUUAUUAGCUUGUCCUAUUAUGGUUCCUGACAGAUCAAAAGAGAAAAAUGUUCUUACAAGUCAUUGUGAAAGCCCAGAAAUGGAAACUACUAAAAGAUUGAAUUGCAACAGUGUGGGGAUGGAGAGGCUGCCUGGGUGUGUAUUCACCCUGUGAGGCAGCAUCCCCUAUGAUUUAACUGAACACCCCGGAGACAGAUGGAAAACUCAGGUAUCCUUCUGUAUUUCAGAAUCUUGUCUGGUUCUAUCUGUCAUCUGCAUGGACAGUUCAUAUACUUUCCUAGGAACCCUACCUGCUGAACUGCCUUGAGUGAUGCCCAACUACCAACACUCCCACUUGAAUUCUAGGAGUCGUUUCCACCAGUGGUUUUUGUGUGAAGUGGUACGGGGUAGCAACCAUUGCCAGAGAAUUCAAGGACUAGCCUAAUCUCUAGGUCCCUAGAGUUAAAGCUUGUACCACACAAGUAGUAACCUAAUGGGACUACAGAGAAUCUUUGGUGGUGUGGAUAUCUUAUCUUGUACAAAGAGUCUUUUAUUUGAUUGCAGAGAAUGAAGCCGUUAAUAUUCACAUGGUCUAACAGUAUGUACUUUAAGAUUCUUUCCCUAAGUUUAAUGAUGAUAAACAAGUAUAGCACUCAAUCAUGUCCUGAGGUUUGUUUUUUUAUUUGUUUGUUUGUUUUUUAGUUAUUUGAAAUGUGUCUCAUAGAAAUUACACAAUUCUGAAGUGACAAAUUCCUCUUCAGAUGCAAUUCUCUUCUUAAAUUUGGAGAGUUACAACAGACAAUGUAACAGCAGGUCUAGAAGGGAAACUUGAGGUUAGGAGAGGUAGAUUUCUUGCUCUUACAGGUAUAUGGGAGUGGGGUUUCAUACCACAUGCCAGCCUGUGUACUAGGGAGUCAGACAGGAAGGAGUUAGAUAAGACUAAAUUUACUCUGUGGUCUGACUAUCAGUGGACUAGACUUACCUACUGAUACAAGGACAAAAGAGGGUCAACAAGACCACAGCAGAUACCUAAGGAGAGUUUGAACCACUACUGACUAGGGAUGGAGUGAUUCCUACUCAAAGCCCAUAUAACUGAUAAGGAAUUAUUCAUAAAGCACCCUUAAACCUGCUAUAUAAGAGGUAUGAGACAUAUCUAUUUCUUUCCUUUUUUCUUAUUCACUAUUUGGCCCACUGUAAUCAGGUUUGUUGGAGUUCGUCAAAAGACCCUUACUCACAAAGAACCACAGAGAUCGCCAUCAUCGCUGCAAAAUGCAUGAGGAUUUUUCUUGAUCCAACAUGUUGGGGACUCCCCUCCCAGCAUGCAGACCAGAGGAGAGACCCAGAACAAAGAAAGAACAUACUUUUUAUACCUUUGUAAGGGGCAGAUUUGAGCAACAGGGUUCUCAUUGGUGUAGCGAGUAACCCUUUCAGGCAUUGGUUGGUUUGUAUAGUGACUAAGUAACCCUUUGGCCUAGUGACUCACUUUGCUUGCCCCCAUGAUGGGUUAUUAUGAUUUGAUCAGCAAAGUAAUAGUAGAUUAACAUCACAGCUAUUAACGUCAGGGGAAUUCUCGCAACAAGGUUAGGGUGGUUUGUAGUCUUUGUCAGAAUUCAAUGUGGAGCAGGGGUCAGGAGAAUUGCUAUUCUUGUUAUGGUUAUUUCUCUGAGAACAACUAAUAUUGUUUUGGUAGCUGCAGGCUUAAUCAUUUUGCCCACCAAAACUGUUUUUACAUGUGUUUAGUGAGCCAGUGUAUUAGUUAGGGUUCUCUAGAAUCACAGAACUUAUGGAUAGUCUCUAUAUAGUAAAGGAAUUUAUUGAUGACUUACAGUCUACAGUCCAAUUCCCAACAAUGGUUCAGUAGUAGCUGUGAAUGGAAGUUCAAGGAUCUAGCAGUUACUCAGUCCCACAAGGCAAGCAGGUGAGGGAGCAAGAGCGAGACUCCCUUCUUCCAAUGUCCUUAUAUGGUCUCCAGCAGAAAGUGUAGCUCAGAUUAAAGGUGUGUUCCACCACACCUUUAAUCCCAGAUGACCUUGAACUUGGAGAUUUAAUCUCCUGGAAUCCAUAGCCACUAUGCCUCAAGAUCUCCAUACCAAGAUCCAGAUCAGAAACUUCUAUCUUCCAGUCUCCAGAUAAGGGUCACUGGUGAGCCUUCCAAUUCUGGAUUGUAGUUCAUUCCAAAUAUAGUCAACUUGACAGCCAGGAAUAGCCACUACAGCCAGCUUCCUUAUCUGGCUCUGCACUUGGCAUGCUAGUACAGUUUGGAAAGUCCUUUUCUAAGGAGGAAGGUACUGGGUGGUCUUGAAUUCAUUUUGGAUAUUACAGUUUUCUCCAGUCACCAUAGCAGCAAAUACUCCAAAGAUCUUUAGCUAAGUCCAAAAAACUCUGGCUUCUUCCAACCUUACUAUAUUAGUUAGAGUUUACUAAGAGGCUAAACCUACUCCAUCUUGGGACUAGCCUCCAUCUUAA